UCUCCACGCAGAGAAAAGAACUGCUCGAUGCAGUGCAGAUCGGAUAAAGUUUCCUCUCAGCGAGGUCUCGGUGCUCACGGUGAGUUCGGAGGAUGCACACAGCCUGCUGUCGUGUUGCUCCUCCUCGACAGACUUUUCGAUUCAAGAGUGUGAGGGACUUUAACCGGAAACCAAACUUUUUUCUUCGAGCUUCUUUCUCUGAGGCAAAAGAGGAAAAAGAGACGAGCUUCGGUGUCACAAACUACACGGUUCCUCCUCUUUCUCCAUUUACGCGUGCUGUUGGAAAUGUGUGAGCUGCCGACCGACAGGGGAGAAGGAAACCGUUUCAAGCGACGAUAAGAGCGACGUCGACUGAUUUUAGGCUACUGAACACUCACAUAACGGAUUGUGGUCCUUUAUCAUGGAAGAUGGUGUGAAAGAGGAUCCAGCUCAGAGUAAAGAGCCAAAGUUCCUGGGUAAGGCUGGCUGGGUGAAGAAGGCCCCCGGCAGACUGUUGGCGAGCUAUAAGGAGCGCUACAUCCACGUGGAGAAGACAGAGAUUGUGGUGUAUGAAAAUGAGGACCGGCAGAACUGCUUAGAGAGGCUUGACCUGGAAAACUAUGAUAAAUGUCAUGAAUUAAAGAGCCCCUUCAAGAAGAAACACAGACUGAUACUGAUUCGAUCACCCAAGUCUGGAAAUAAGAUCCAUGAUGUGAAGUUCCAAGCUCAGACUGCAGAGGACAAAGAGGCUUGGAUUAAAGCUCUGAGCGAUGGCAUCAAUCGAGCAAAGAACAAAGUCUUUGAUGAGGUGAUGGUUGAUGAAAGCAGUAAUUUAGAGCAUGUUACUCGAACGAGGCCCAAAGGGAACCGUAACCGGCGGCCACCGACCAGGAUACACAUGAAAGAGGUAGCCGUUGUGUCGUCUGAUGGCAUCUUGCGUUUGGAUCUUGAUCUUGAGGAUGCCAUAAUGCCUAAUGGGACAAAUCAUGCCAGUGUUGAUGGCCCAGAGAGACCCAAAGAGGCCAUCAAAGUCCCAACGCCUCCCUCCAAUGCCAGUGAAGCUGCAGAGACACUGUCGGGGCCAAGUGAUGAGGGAGAGGCUCAGACUGAGCCAGAGGUCAGUCCCCAGAAAAAGGUUAUCAAACCUCCCAUGCCCCCUAUCAAAGAGCCUAAACCCAGUGCAGGACCUGAACAUGAACCUGAGAAGGAUUAUGGCCAAGAGAAAAAGGACCUGAAGCCACCUAUGCCUCCAUCUAAAGAAGUCAAGCCCUGUGUUUCAUCUGCUGAAGAAGCUACAGAGGAGGCCAAUACUGAGAAGAUGUCUGAAAAGAGUCCUGAUGCCAAGAAAAAGACAGGUCCACCUCCAACACCCCCAAACAAACCCAGCUCCAGCAGCUCCACAAGCAACCUUGCAGAGGCUGCACAGUCCAGGCCAAACUCCCACCCUCCUACCCCUCCAUCCAAAGAGAAGAAACCCUCCCAUCCUGCGGAGCCAGAAGAGGUUCAAGACACAAGUGGUGAACACAAGGAGAACGAAGAAGACGAUAAGAAAGAGGCAAGAGGAACAUCUGUGGGAACUGAUGAGGCAGAGCAGUUAGUUUCUCAAGAAUCUAUACAAGAUGAUGAACCUAAGAGUCCCAGCGAAGAAAGACAGGACAUUAAAAAAGAAUCAGGGGAGACUAUAAGCAGUGGCAUAAACAAGGCAUCCGGCAAUGAGCCACUCAGAAAGAGCCCUAGUCCUCUGCUAACCCCCAAGAAAAAGCCAGAGAAUCUUGUUCAACACCUAGAAGACCGAACAACUGAUUCUAAUAAGGAACAGGACCCUACCGCAUUUCUGCAAACAGCCCCAGAUACCUCAGCCAGUUCUCCUCAAGCAGAAGAGACACUACCCAAGACUGAAGUCCCCUCAGUAGUUGUCUCUUUGAAUGACCCGGUCACUGACGGCCUCAGCCUGAGUCCACUACUCUGUCACUUGCCUGGGGAGAAGAAAAAGAAGGCGGAGGAGAAAUCUGUAGACAGCGGUCAGCACUCAGAUGAUGACAGCGAAGGCUCUGGGAGUGAAGACACGCUGGCAAUGUCCACAGCUGCGUUGAGAGGAAGCCGGCCCAGUCUGGAUGUGUUGGACGCCAGUGAGGAUGACAUUCAGAUCCCUGUCGAUUCAAGGCCGACACAGGGCGCAAUCAAGCCUCAGGUUAGAUCGAAGGUAUUUCCCACUCGUCCUCUUAAACCCUCAACCAAGGCCAAGUCAGCCUCCAUUGGAGAUCUGCUUACUGAUUCUUCAGUCUUUUCUCAGGUGAGACAGCAAGCCAAAGCUGUGGCUGGAAGCAACAGGGCUCCCAGCGAUGAUGUUAUGAAACUUGAGGCUGAAGUGGCUCUGGAGAUGGAAAAGACGAGUGAGCUCCUGAGCAGAGUGUCCCAGUCCCAGAGGGUAGGUGACGGGGAGGGCAUGCCAGAGGAUCUGCUGGCCGAGGCCAUGGAAAAGCUGAAGAAGGCUGACCAUGUCCUCAGGGAGGUCAACAAACUAAAACCUCCAAAGAACUCAAGCAAAAGGAAGAGCUGGUGAAUGUCAGUCAUGGCAGAUUGACUGGGAAUUGACCUUUCGCUAAACCCUUGUCCUGAACAGUGACUAUGCAAUCACAGGCAAGCUUUGCAUCUCUGGACAUAGCCUAUUGUAUGGAUAGCGAUAUUCAGUAUACAAAGAGUUUGAAGGGCCAUAUGUUUUUUUUUUAGGCUUUCCAAGAGCAAAAGUGAAAGGAAUAGAUUAAAUGUACAGUCUUUAAGUAAAGUGUGUAAGUUCUGCCAGUAAGGGGUGUCACAUCAAAACAAUAACAAAAGAUGUUUGAUGACGUAGUGUGGGAUCAUAGGAGUUUUUAUCUUCACCACCAUUGCAGUCAGCUUCUCCCAGUUAGGAUCUCUUCACUGAUCAUCAUUCAGGAGGUUUCUAUUGGGAGCCGAAUUGUCCACAUAGGUCUGAUUAAAACCAGUAAAAACACUGAAUAAAGCAUUUCCACCUUAAAAAUAACUGAUUCUCCCAUGCUGUUGGGCAGACAAAGGAGCUCCCGGAGGGGCUGUGAACUCAUCCGGUUCAAAUGUUAGUUAAAUAGUAGUAAGAUCUUAAGUGAUAUGACGGCAUUGACAGGCGACCGAUGAAAUGCACCGUUACCUGAAUAAAAUAUUUAUCGUAGGUCUAGUGUGACAUUUUAAUGCAGAAAUAUUACAUGUUAUUGCUUUAAACUGUGUGUUUGUAUGCUCUAACAUAAGCUGUAACCAUUAGCAUCACCAGCUAACUAGCUUACUACUUCCUGUAGACACUCAAUGUUACUUUCAAGGCCUUUCAGGUAGCCUACCUAACCACAUUUGUGAGGUUACAGCUUACAAAGAAGCCCUGUUCACGACAAGCACAUCCACUACUAUUUCCCCACUGUGUGGAGGCUGCUUCUGGAUGCUAUUAGAGUUUAGGUUGACGAUAACAGCUCUGUCCUGCUCUUCAUUGGAUUUGGGAAAGUUUUUGCUCCAGUAGCCAACAUUAGUGUUUAGUUUGUCAAAUACAUCCUAAAAGCCUUUUCCUUUGUAACGUGUAAUUGAGACAAUUGCGGCAAAAAUGAGAAGCUGCUUUUGACUGGAAUCAAAAACCCACAGGUUCAAAAACGAAUUUUGAGUGUUAAAUUGUAUACAGCUACCUGACAGGUGUAGAAACAUUAGCUAAAGGGGUCAGGGUUUAGAGAAUAGAGCUAAAGGGGUCAGGGUUUAGAGAAUAGAGCUAAAGGGGUCAGGGUUUAGAGAAUAGAGCUAAAGGGGUCAGGGUUUAGCGAUCGGUCAAUCGAUGGACUCAUUUUUGAUGGUUAUGCAGCACAUGCAACUGUUCGCUCAUAAUUAAUUAAGUGCAAUUAUUUCUAGUUUAACUUCAUCUGCAGCUGAAAGUAAUGCUUAAUGUUCUACUUUGUGUUUUUUAUUUUUUGUUAUAUAUGAAAUCAGACAUUUUCAAGAAUAAUUACUUGAAAGCUAAUUUGAGAAUUAGGCUAUUAAUAUAAUGACAAAGCGGCACUGUCAAUAAAUUGAGAACAUUAAAAAAAGUACUAGAAAGUGUUAAUACCAGAUUACUGAGAUAACUUCUGUUAUGAAUUGGUCCUAUACAAUAUAUAAUUGAAUUGAAUUACACAACUGUCAUAAUAGUUCACUUUGUGUGGCAAAGUAAAACUAUGUUUUUUACUGGCAGUUUAUAUGAGGGAAUUUAUAUUGUACAUACUUUAUACUUUUACCACAGCAUUUUCUGUUUGUUGUUGAGGGAUAAUGUACCAACAUAGCUCAGGAGUUUUCUGAAAUUAAUCUUUUUAGACUAAUCAUGUGAUUAAAGAAAACUGCUACUCUACAUAGCAGGACUGCAGUUUUUUUUAUUAAUGAUCUGUUUUUAUUACUGAUAUUGUACAUAGCACAGAAUAAAGAGCUUGCAGCAGCCCAUUUGUCUCUCAUUAACCCCUCUUACAAUAUGUGCUCUUCAGUGAUGUUCCUCCCAAUUUGGAUCAUGAGCUCUGAACUUUUGUCCAGUGCUUUGUUAAAAAAUGUGAUGUUAGUUUUUAAGGCCAUUUUAAAUAUGCCAUGCCAUUUAGAGUAUAGAAUAUUUUCUAACAUUAGAUAUAAUUUUGUACUCUUUGAUACAAUUUGCUAUUGCCCAAAUAAACAAAGGGAAACUGUU